AUGGAGGAAGAUACCUUGGAAGAUGUACGGCAGUACUUGGCAAGGGACGAGAAUAAGGCGAAGGUGCAGUUUACGGCAUCGUUAGAGGGUAGAACUUCUGAUGAACUCAUGACUCUACUCAAGACUCGGAAGGAUUCGGAUAUAGAUGAUAAAUGCCUUGAUGAUGGAACCACAAAUAGUAGUAGUAAUCACCAAGGGAAGGAUGUUGCAAUGCAGUCAGAGAAAUCUUAUCAACUUUCUAGAGCUCAGCAAGAAGAAGAAGAAGAUGUUGAAAGUACUGUAAUGGGGACCGAAAAGGUAGUGGAGAUCUGCACGGUAGAGGCGAGUCGUGAUGAAUUAUUGUCGCAGGUGAGUGAGAAUGAAAGAUUCCCCAAGAAACAGGAAGAGCACAGUGGUGCGUGGAGAGCCGUAUACUCUGGGGAACUUGUCACGAAAGAAGAACUUGAAGAGGUGCGGCGAGAGAUGCUCAUGCAAGAAAGUCUGGUGAAGGCGUUGGAAAAAGACAAUGUUAACCUUCACGAAGAGAGACGUGCGCUGCGUGCGAAGUUGAAUGAGAUGGAAAAGAAAGCAGUGAAUGUCGAAGCCAAAUACAGUAUAUUGGCAAGUGGUCAAAGUCCCAACCAUGGUUCAGUCCGGCAAGCAUCAUCAGUCCCCAUGAUGUCAUGGCAAGGAGAGCAGCAAGUAAGUCAGGACGAAGUGAGCAUAGAGUUAGAGCGUCAACGCACAGUAGUGAGAGAGUUACAGUUGGAGUUAGAACUAAUCCGACGUGAAAAGAAGGAUAUUGAGAAACGUUUGGCAAGUCUUGAUGCCAAGAAGUUUGAGGAAAUGGAGCUAGAGCUUCGCAAUCUCCGCGUUGAUUUAAAGCGUAAGGAAACCGAUCAUAAUGAAACUGUAAAAGAUAUGGCUCGAAAGAUUGCUUGGUAUGUAGAACAUCAAGAGUUUAAUCAUUCGCAGGAAGAAUUACUUAAAGAGCAACAGGAUAUCAUUCGUCGUUUGCGUGCGCGAUUACACGAGGUUGGGGCUUUAGAUGGUGAGGGAAAAAAAAUGCCAGUAAGUAAGAAGGAUACACAUGUUCGUAACCUCACCAAACGUAUAGUAGAACUCGAGGAAGCACUUAACAGCAAGUACCCGAACAGUAUUGCACAACUUAUUCGAAGUUGUCAACCAUCUGUGCAGGACUCCAAGUUGUUUAAACAACUUAAUCUCAAAAUCAAGGAAUUAGAAAAUGCUCUCGCAGAGAAAGAUCGAUGCGCAGAGGCUGCAGUCACCCGUUUGAGAGUUGAGACAGACCGUAUGAGAAUUCAAUAUCAGGAAAGGAUUGAAAAACUCGAGGAGGAGCUUAAACUUCGAUUGUUACACGCACAGACACGACGGGUCCGUGAACUUGAAAAGCAACUCUCUGAAGCACGGCAAGCAUUACGUGAAAAAGAGAAGGAAAAAAAUCCACCAGUGUCUGCUGAUUUGGUUACAAGUUGUGAUAAUGAUUAUGUGCGUGAAAAAAAAAUUGAAUCAUCAUCAUCAUCAGCAUCUCCAUUGGGAGAAGUAAAGAAACCUGCAACAGCGACAAGUAUUGGGGUAAUAAACCGUCCAGAUGAGACUAUUUCACAGCUUCAAGAGGAGAAUGAAGCUCUUCGAAAUGAAUUAUAUCGAGUAACCCAUGAAACUGCAAAAAAUACUCCUAUCAUACCUUCAUCGUCAUCACCAUUACACUUACAAUCACAGUCACCACAAGAUGAUGGGAUUGGUGUUAGUUCAUCCCAUCUCAUCUCAAGUAUGCAGGCACAGAUAAACACACUUACUGCAGAACAAACAAUAUACAAACGCUUGCUCAUGGAGAGUCAGGAAUCUCUUCGUGACGCCCAUGCUCGAUGGGAUGAACGUUUAUUAAUGGCAAGACAGGAAUAUCAGUUACAAAUUCAACGCAUACGACAGGAACACAAUGACGAGAUUGCACGUAUUCAAGAACAUCAUCAACGAGAAUUACAUUCUAUCGUAGAGCAAAACCGAUCAGCGGAAGAAGCAUCGAAAGUUUGUGAAAAAAUUUUCCAAAUUUCAUCUAAUGAUUCGAAACAUAAUCAAACAUUUUUACAAAGUGUCGCUGAACGAUUGGCUUACCUUGAACGGCGUCAAGAACAAAAAGAACGUGAAGCCGCCCAUGAAAUAGCCGAAGUUAAGCGUGUAGCUGAUUUUGAACUUUCUCUGAUGAAACAAAAGGCUGAAAUGAUGAUUGAACAAAAAAAUCAUCAAAUACAUGAAUUUCGUUUGCAGUUAGACCACCUCCUCUCAAGUCUUGCGCUCCUGCAGACUUACGCAUAG